AACAGUUUUAUCUACCCACCAAAGAGGACUUACUUUCCACCAUAAACCAACCGACGAUGUCUACCAACAGGACCUCCGCCAACCCCCAUGUCGCCAUCACUAUUGCCUCACGCCCAGGCGAUAUCGACGCAGUCCCAAGGCUACUGAAAGAAAUAGAACAAGACUUCAAGACCCUGAAUGCUUGCAGCGAUGAACCCCGCAAAGACCUCCUAGUCAAGUGUCGAGCUCUGGUUCAAGCGGUAGAGACACCCCGGGAGACCAUGGUGGACCAUCUUUGGGGACAGCUUGGAGUAAUCUCAGCGGUAGCGUUCGGCGUGGACUGCGGACUAUGGGUGUUGAUGGCUCAGAAUGGCGAUAUUCCCCAGAAGGUGACUGAUUUGGCUGGGGGCCUUGGGGUUGAUCCGGAGCUUCUUCGUCGUAUCAUGCGUCAUAUAAGUGCUAUGGGGCUUCUUGUUGAGGUCGGUGAGGAUAAGUAUGAGCCUACGAAUUAUACCAAAUCCCUGAGAUUCCCGCAGAUUGGGAAUGGGUAUCUUGGUCUUGCAUCCUGCACCGGCGGAGCCACCUUGAAUUUCCACGAAUUCUCCCGUCAAAGAGGAUGGAAAAACCCCACUAACCAGCGCGACACAGCUUUAAUGUCAGCCUACCGCACCAAUAAAGACACCUUCACCUGGGUGCACGAUCAGGGUUACGGACAACACCUGAUAGACUACCUCGGCGGCUACAAUCUGGGCCGUACCCGGUGGAUGGACCCGUCCUUUUACCGCGUGCACGAAAGGCUCAUCGAAGGCGCCGAUACAGGCCAGGACGCGGUAUUUUUUGUAGAUAUUGGAGGGAAUGUGGGCCAUGACCUGGAGAGACUCCACUGGAGCUAUCCCUAUGCUCCGGGGAAGUUGAUCCUUCAGGACUUGCCGAUGAUGAUUCGCCAGAUCAAGCACUUGGAUCCGGCGAUUGUUCGGAUGGAGUAUGAUUUUCGUGAUGAACAGCCUGUUAAAGGUGCACGAACCUACUACAUCCACUCAACCCUACACAACUGGCCCGACCACGUCUGUGACAUCAUCCUAGCAAAUGUCAAAGCGGCCAUGAAGCCCGGCUACAGCAGGCUCCUGAUAAAUGAGAUUGUCGUGCCCACGACCAACGCACACUGGGAGACUACGGGGCUGGACAUGAUCAUGUUAACGCUCUUCUCGAGUAUGCAGCGGACUAGCGCAAUGUGGUACAACCUGAUUGAGAAGCGGGCGGGUUUGAAUAUCCGGAAGAUAUGGAGCAAAGGGAAGGGAGUCGAGAGUGUUAUUGAGUGUGAGGCUCCUUUGGGGGAGUAUUGAUUUUGUUUACGGUGUAGUCUGACACUUUGGAU